GAGGAGUGGCAUAGAGAGUCAUUGAUCUCCUGUAAUGCUCUCAUUUCCUCCUGUGCUGGUUCUCCCUCCUGUAUGAAGGUAUGCAAUAUUUAUUUAGAGGGCAGAGAGUAUUGUAGGUCGAGGCCGCCCUGUGGGUUGUGAUACAAUCCACUGUGUAGCUGCACUGGAAACUGAGCCUGCAUCUCAUUGUUACCUGUGAGGGUGGGAAGACUUCGUCAACCCGGGAGAGGCAGCUGCCACAUCAGCUAACGGCAUCUCAUGUAAUUCUAUCCAGAAAAACAGAAACCAGAGGAAACUAAAAAAUAAAAAGACUAGAGAACUUCCAGUUCCAGUUACGUUCCAUCACUGCUCCUGUGGAUUCCAGAUGCCUAGCAGCAAUGUUUUCCUAUAGCAAUGGAUGAGAUUAUGGACAGAACCUGAACACUGACCUUUAAUUUUGCAUGGAAGCCAUUGACCGGUGACCAUCAGGAUGCUGCAGUCCGUUGCGAGCAGUCGCUGCAUGCGGGUGAUUGACAGGAACCGUCCGGCCUGGUAUUUUGGUUUUCUGGUGGUCAGUUACAUCCUCUAUCUGAUAUUUGGGGCGGCAGUCUUUUCCUCACUGGAGUUGCCCUUAGAAGACCUGCUCCGAAAUAAGUUGGUGGAGUUAAAGCGACAAUUCUUAAUUGACAAUGAGUGUAUGUCGGAGGGGCAGCUGGAGGUGUUUUUGGACAAGGUCCUGGAGGCCAACAACUAUGGGGUGUCCAUACUGAAUAACGAGACUAGGAAUUGGAACUGGGAUUUUAUGUCGUCGCUGUUCUUCGCCAGUACGGUAUUGUCCACCACAGGUUACGGUCACACGGUUCCUUUGUCGGAUGCAGGGAAGACGUUCUGCAUUCUGUAUUCUGUCGUCGGCAUCCCCUUCACCCUGCUCCUGUUUACAGCACUGGUUCAGCGGAUCAUCAUCUAUGUUACCAGGAAGCCUGUCCUCUACAUUCACCUCCAUUGGGGUUUCCCGAAACACAUUGUGGCCAUUGUCCACGCACUGAUUUUGGGGUUUCUCACCAUCGGCUGCUUUUUCCUCAUACCCGCUGCUGUUUUUUCUGUACUGGAGGAAGAUUGGAAUUUCCUGGAGUCCUUUUAUUUUUGUUUUAUUUCGUUAAGUACCAUCGGAUUGGGUGAUUAUGUUCCAGGGGAAGCCUACAACCAGAGAUUUCGCCAUCUCUAUAAGUUUGGAAUCACAUGCUACUUGUUACUGGGUCUCAUUAUGAUGCUGGUCGUUCUGGAGACAUUCUGUGAACUUCAGGAGUUGAAAAUGUUCCGUAAAAUGUUCUAUGUGAAGAAGACAAAAGACGAAGAUCAGGAGAACAUAGUAGAGCAUGACGAGCUGGCCUUCUCCUCCAUCUCCGACCAAGUUGACUCGUUCAAGGAGGAACACAAACUCAGCGAACCGUUUGUGGCUUUACAACCAGUGGUUAAUUACACAAGUGAUGGCUCUAUAAAUAAUGAAUAGUAAAGCCGAGGACAAGCAAGGGCUCCGCUGGGGGCUGCAUGCCUUGAUUUCAAAUCUUGCACAAGUCAGCCUAUUUAUCAGUUCCUGGUACCACUGUUAAGCCAUUUAUGCACAUAUUUACACCAUUUUGCAUUGACCGACACUAAAGGACCUUUUACAUGGGCUAAUCGGGAACCAAUGUUUGUGGAACAUUUGUACAUUUCAUCAUUGGCACAUGUAAACUUCCCCCAUUGAGGCGGCUUCUCGUUUAUCAGUUGAUCAUUUCUUUUAUACGGGUAUAAACAUAUGAUGUAAAUGAACGGCCGCACUAACGAUCAUAACUAUGAUCGAUCGUUCAUGCACCCAUUCAUUCAGGCAACUACCUGCCUAUGUAAAAGGUCAUUAAACGAGUGCUAAAUAUUCGAUUGGUGCACAUUAUGAGCAAAAGUCCAGGUGUUUUUACAUACAGGCACAAGCUUUGAAUUUGGCCAGCUGACAUAUAUUAGGCUACCUGCACACAUUGUGGAUUACGUGCAUUUUUUCCGUGCGGAUUAUCGUGCAGUAAAAAUGAAGCGUAAUACAGUACCAGCAAAGUUAAUGAGAUUUGAUAGAUCUCAUCUACACUUUGCGUCAAUUGUUUCUGCAGAUUUGUAGAGCGGAUUUCACCCUGUGCAAAACAAAGGGUGAGAUUGGUGCACAUUCGCAUCAAAGUCUGCAACAAAAUUCACAAAUAACACAUGCGGAUUUAGGUGCAGAAACUAAGGUGCUGAGAAAGCUGCACAGAAAAUCUGACUGUAAACAUGCGAUCCUGUAAACACUCCCCGAAAU